CUCCGUGGAACACUCGCCCGGAAGGUGGUCGGUGGCUCAGAGAAACAGAGGAUCAAAGCUCACAACUUUGCACCCCGGAUCUGAAAAACUUGUUUAUUUGCUCUUUUCUGCUAAUAGAGAUGCUGAGUUCUGUUUCCAGGAUUCGUUUAUUUAGAGAUUUGAAGUUGACCGCUGCAAAAUUAUUGGAGAAACGCGUGGGAUUUACCUCGACAGGACGAGCUGGAGGACGGUUGGAAGGCAAGGUUGCGCUCAUAACCGGAGGUGCAAGUGGGCUUGGCAAGGCGACGGCCCACGAAUUCAUCCAAGAGGGAGCUACAGUCAUCAUUGCCGACAUGGAUACCCAACUAGGCCCAAUCACGGCCCAUGAUCUAGGCCCCCAAGCCCACUUCGUCACUUGCGAUGUCACCAUAGAAGCCCAGGUGGCAGCUGCCGUGGACUUGGCUGUGGCCCGUCAUGGUAGGCUUGAUGUCAUGUACAACAAUGCCGGAAUAGCUGGUCAGUCAAUACCACCGAGCAUCGCUGAUCUCGACCUCGAUCAUUUCGAUCGUGUUAUGGCGGUUAACGUCCGUGGGUCCAUCGCCGGGAUUAAACAUGCCGCACGGGUGAUGGUACCGACCAACUCAGGCUCCAUUCUCUGCACAGCCAGCAUCAGUGGGCUCUUGGGUGGGCUGGGCCCCCAUCCAUACACAGUGUCCAAGUUUGCAAUCCCUGGGAUAGUCAAGUCUGCUGCCAGUGAGCUGUGCAGGCAUGGGGUACGCAUCAACUGCAUUUCACCCUUCGUGGUUCCCACUCCACUUGUCAUGGCUCAGUUGGGAGCGAUCUACACAAGCGCAGGACAAGAACGGAUAAUGGAGAUUGUGGAUGGGCUUGGAGAGCUCAAGGGGUCAAGAUGUGAUGAGAUGGACGUGGCUCGGGCUGCUGUGUAUUUAGCUUCUGAUGAUGCAAAGUAUGUUUCAGGUCAUAACCUUGUUGUUGAUGGAGGAUUCACUUGCUUUAAGCAUCUGGGUUUCCCAUUACCUGAUCAACUAUAGGAUCUGUGUUCACCUACUUUGCCUUGCAAACCAGAUUGUUCUCUGGCUUUUCUUUGUUUCUAUUUUGGACUUUGUAUAGGUGGGAAAGGGAAGGAUUGAAAUUU